AUGGAAAAAAGGAAUUCUGUCUCUAAUGUAAAAUCAAUGCAACUUACAAGAUCAGAUUUUACGCUUCCGUUGUUUAAAAGAAAAGUUUUCAGCAAAGAAAAUAAGCCAGCUCAAGUCUAUAAUUGGAAAAGCAGCAUCCCUGAGCGUUGAAUAGAAAUUAAAGGACUAGAUCAUUUUAAGCACGUUUCUGAGGCUUCUAAUAUAAAGAAUACGUUGGACUUUUUGAUAGCAUCUCAAAAAUACAUCAAUAAAAUAUCGCAGCCUGCUUUAGAAAAAUAUCAUUCCCCAAAAGAGCAUAAAUCUAAAAAGUCUUUGAAGCCAAAAACGUCAAAAGAUCAAGGAAAACAAGUUUUUGAGUUUAAUACACCAAUAUCGAAACAUCUAGACCCUGAAAGAAUUCCAAUUAAGCCUCUUAAAAGUAAAUCAUCAUUUACUGCUAGACAAUGACCAAAAAAACGAUUUACAAAUAGUUUAAAAACAAAAUAUAGGGCUUUUGGUAAAUGUUACAAUAUAAAUAUAAAGCCAUGAAUAAUAGCAACUUAAUUUAAAAUAAUAUACCUUAUAAAAUCCAAAUUUUUCCAAUUUGAAGAUUACUUAAUUCAUGAAAAUGAAAGUCUUCCAUAUAUCCAGCCGGUUGCAGAUAAAUAUACAAUAACAAAAUUUGCUCUUCCAAAUGGUUUAGUCUCAGCUCAUAAAGAAAAUGGUGAACCCGACAUAAAAAACAUUUCUACUCAAAGUAACCCGAGGCUUGAGGAGUUUUUAAAGCGUUUUGAAAAGAAAAGCAGCACAAUAAAUACACCAAAAGAAAGAAAAGGAGUCAAUGGAUGGAAGCUUACAAGAGGCUCUUUAAAAUCUUUUCUAAAGAAGAAAAUGCCACCACAAAGGUCAAACUCCGACGGGCCGCUUAUGAUCGCUCCGAAAGAAGAAAAUCCUCAGCCAUCAAGCAUCGACGAAAUAUAA